AUGCUAAGGGAUGAAGGCAAGGUCUUCAACCGAACAGUCCCCGGCUUGCCUUGCGAGGACCUGGUGGUGCGUCUCUGCGAGCAACAAGGCCUCCACUUCAAUACCCUGACCUACUCUGCGCGCGCCGAGAAUUCCUUAAUCAAGUACAAUAAUGUAACAAUUGAGGAGGCCCACGUACAACUAUUCUUCCGCCUCGAGGUUGGGGGAAGAACGAACAACACCAUCCGUAUCCCCAAGGUCUACUAUGCUUUUGAAGCGGGUGGCAGAGGCCAGGGAUUUACCUACGUCAUUAUGGAACACAUCGAUCUCGAUUACGAAAAGACCACUUUCAUCUCAUAA